GUUUCCUUUAGCUUGUGUGCGAGACUUUAUGCUUGUGACUGGUCAGUAAAAAAAAAUUGACCUUUCAAGAUCAACUCAAAGUGUUGUACAGUUUUCUAAGCAAGUUGAAUUUGUAUUAGCUAGUACAUUUCAAUUUUAAUGCACCUUCAAUGGAAGGCAACUAACUUGGUUCCAGGCCCACAAGGAUAUUUUAGCCAAGGAAUUUGCCACAAAAUUUUGUACUCCUAAGAUACAAAUUUCAAGGUCACGGACAACAAAUAUUUUGGUUGUUGGAAUCUGGCCUUUCAUAGGGGAAUGUAAUUUCACCUUUAGAGGUGUAACAAAAAGACUUCUCAGGGGUUUAAGAUUUGGUCUUGAUUCAGCUUCAACCUUCCUUGGUUACUGACAUUUGGUAAGAAUUUGUUAUCUUUCCUUGAAAAAAGAAUAUCAACUCGUUAUGAUCCAUACUUUUCGGGAGAGUAACGGUUCCCAUAUUAUCAUCUUUCUUAAUUAUCAUCUUAAUUAUCAUCAUAUUAUCAUCUUUCGUUUCAAACACAUGUGUAAUCAUAACGAGAACCAAAUCACACCUAUUGUGGUUAUUUCUUCAUUGAACUUUUCAGUUGGAAAGAAAUCGGCAUCAUGGCAACUGAGGGAGCAAGGGAAAAACCACUGAGUGACAAGCAUAGGCAGAUUUUAAAUAGAGUAAAACCGGACCUUUUAAAAGAUAUGGAUCCAGACGAAGUUUUACUACAUAUGGCAGCUGAUGAUGUAUUUACUCAAUCUGAAGAAGAGAAAAUACAAGCGCAGCCAACACGAUGGGAAAAAUGUAAGGAGUUGCUAAAGAUUUUGCCAAGGAAGGGUACGAAAGCCUAUCGAAUCUUCAGGAAAGUACUCCAAUCGGCUCACCCACACCUUGCAAACUCAAUUUCGGAACGUGAUAACACGAGACUGGGAGGUGAAGAAAACUCAAAGCAAGCUGACAGACCAAGACGGGCACCAGACUCAAGAAAGUUCCUAGAUUUACUUUAUUGUUUACCCAAAGAGGGGGAGGGGAUGCUGACUCACUUAGCGAGUCAGGUCUGCUUGAUCCAGCAAUUCCCACAACUGAUUCAGUUCUUCAUAAAAAGAAAAAAAAAGAUUGCCACCGAAUUCGAUCUCAAAGUAGAUCAGACAACCGAUUUGGAAUUAUCUCUCCCAAAUAGCAAGGGUAAUUAGUAAUAAAAUGCCUAAUGUUUCCUUUUCUUAACUUAUUUACGAUUCAAACAGCGUACCCUCCAUAAAGCUAAUAAGAAAUUCCUUCUAUUCAUUAUUCUUUAAAAACACUCUAAUAGUAUUUUAUCGACUCUAUACUAUAUAGAGACGCAAUAGACCGAAAAUAGUAUCGGGUGCAGAUCUUAACAAUGGUGAUGGGCGAUGGUUUGGUGAAGGGAAGGUAAUGCUUAAAGAUACUGCUACCUUAUCCAGCUAUUACUGUUUGGGAGAAGCUUGCUGGCGGGACUUCGGAAUGAAAAUUCAUGAAAAUAUUUGAUACUUUUAUACUCAAGGUUUUUUUCAUUGAAUGAUGCGUAACGGACAAUGUACUUCCCCUUCUAUAAUAAUUUUCGUCUUCAUUUUCUGCAGCUGAAAACAAAAAACUUAGAAAGGAAGUCGUUACUAUUCAGUUAUGCAUGUCAAUACAGGAAGACGCGGGAACCUGUUGGCAGGACUUUGGAGUAGUUCUUGAGCUACCAGAAGCCGAACUUGACAACAUAGACAAAGAUUUUAAAUUUGCUAAAGAAAAAGGAUUUGCUGUACUUAAAUCAUGGAGAAAUAACAAAGCGAAAAAAGCAACUGUGGGAUGCCUUUUUGACGCCUUUGAAAGCAUUGGUCAAAGAAGAGUUGCAGAAAAUU